GUGAGCACUGCAGGGGGCUCCGCGAUCGCGGCCGCCAGCAUCGUGGAGAAGCUGUCUGGUGAUGACAUGGCUGGCAUGUACGGCAAAGGCUUCCGCCUCGCGAAGCUCAUGGGCUACAGCGCGGGCAGUGGGCUGGGUCGCCAGGAGCAGGGCAUCGACAAGCCCGUCUCCAUCGACGGCGCUCGUGCCUCGACGCCCCACGCGUCCUCUCGCCUGGGCCUCGGCAGCGGCGCGGGCGAGGCCUACCGGGUGGACGACAGCGACGAGGAGGGCGCGAAGGGCGCGCCCGCCGGCGCGCCGGCCGCCAUCGCCUUCCGGCAGGCGGGCACGCUGGAGCCGGAGGCGGCCAGGGCGGCCCCCGAGCUGCGGCCCCCGUCGCCCCUGCCGGGCGGCUCCCCGCCGCGAGGCGGAUCCCCCGCGGCCUGGAGGCCCGCCGGGGCCGCCGCGGCGCUGGACCCGCUGGCCUCGGAGCCGCCCUGCCAGGCCUGCUCGGAGGGGUCGGCCGCGGUGGCAGACGCCAUGCAGCAGCUCGUGCAGGAUCACCCAGCGACGCCAGAGAAGCUGGUCCGGCCUUCUUCGCGCAGGGCGCAGGAAAUCUUCCACGAGCUCGAGGACGUCGACAACAGUAUGUCGACGCAGGAGUUGGUCAAGCAGUUGUCCCGAGUUUGGGCCUUCCACAUCACGACCGCGGAGAAGGUAGACUACGCGGUUGGGAACGUGUCCGAGUGCCCCGUCCAGAAGGCCCUCAUUCUCAAAAACAAGGAUCUCCUGCGCGAGACGCGCGACGUGCAGAAAUACAUGAGCCAGUCCACAGCGAAGGAUGCUCUCCUGAAGGUCGCGAUGCGCAACGAGGAGUCGUGGCACCUGGUCGCGUCGGGGGCCAGGGCCUGGACCGUCAAGUGGGCGGAUGUCUUCAAGGACGACGGCGAGGACGAGCCUGGAGACCAGGUGGGCGACGAAAGUGACGAUGAUGAUGAGGAGGAGCCGCAGCAGGAGGCUCAGGGCAACGGCAAGUCGAAGGGCCCACUUCUCAAGCGGCCAGCGGCAGCAAGCGCCUCCAGCCCGAUGGAGGCCGCGGCCGAUCCGGCUGCGGCGGCCGCGGCGGAGCCCAUCCCGAACAAGAAGCAGAAGCAGAAGGGCACCUCCUCCAAGCUCGACAUCUUGGAGACCCGCGACGGGUGGAACUUCGGAUGGUGCCGCGAGGGAGAGGUGGUGCCAGAACACGCCAGGGGGGAGAAGAAAGGCGACGCGCCGACCCUGAUCGCUACGUGGCCCGACGGCAUGGAGUGGGCAAUUCCUGGAACCUCGCCCGAGGACGACGUAAGCAACGAGAAGUCCACGAGGGUCGACCUUGGGAUCUGGGAGGGCACCCGCACGACCAAGGAGAAGGGCGAGGAGACGGUGAGGGUGGCCAAGGUGAACCACAAGUCCAGGGGCCAUUGGAUUCAGACCAAGUGCGGCUCGUCUCAAUGGAUGCAGCUGAUUGGCUACGACCCCAAGCACGAUCAGGCCGCUCAGGCGCUCAUGAUCGACUUUGCGAAGCGCUUCUGCAAGAAUGAGGUCGACAAGGCGAAGGCGGAGGCCGAGAAGAACGAAUGGCUCCUCACGCGCAAGAAGGAGGGCACGGCCAAAGGCAAGGGCAAGAAGCAGGCGUCAGGGGAGACGGCCAAUCCGGGCAAAGGCGUGGGCGCUGAGCAGUCCGAGAAGCAGCCGCCCGACGAGGAGGAGGAGGCCGAGUUCGGAGAUGAUAAGCCCGCUGAGGACGAGGCCGAGGAUGGAGAGACGGACGAGGCGGCAGACGCAGGCGAGGACACCAAGCCGACUCCGAAAGCCAAGGCGAAGACGAAGGCCAAGGCGAAAGCGAAGGGCAAGGGGGGAAAGAAGCCAGAGCCAGCGACUCCCGAGCCCGUGGCCAUGGACAUCGACAAGGAGAGCCCCAAGGACCUGGAGAAGGCGGUGCCGAAGGCUGCGCCGAGCACUCCAGCAACGCCGACCGUGCCGAAGGAGCCCACGCCCAAGGCGCUGCCGAAGGCCACGGACUCCGCGGCGACGAACGGCAAGAUCGUGCGCGCGAGCCAGGGCAGCAUCGGGGCCAAGGGCACCGCCGCGGGUGAGACGGACCAGGUUGACAAGUCAGUGAUCGUGGCCGACAUGCCCAAGGGCCCCAUGAAGUUCAGGUUGCCAACCAUCGAUGAGGACCCCUGGGACAUGUAG